CUGAACAAUCGCCACGAGGCAGUUAUGGAAGGUCAAGAUGUUCUUAUCAGAGGCCAUGUGUGUGAGUAUAUAGUGACAUUACGAUCAAAUCGAUUUCCCUAGGAUCCAAGAAGCAGGGAACUAGGACGCCGGAUGAGCGGAAAAACGAAUGAAAAUGAACCCUGUUCAGGUUCAGAAUGAGAGCGGCCACAAAUGGCGGCACCCUUGAGUCCAUAUUGGCGCUCACUGUCUUGCAAUCCAUCGCAGCAUUGCUACUUAGGUUGAGGAUGACAUCGAAGCAGUACUUGCGCCACGACCACGGAGCUCGCCGAAUUCCGUUGUUAUCUGUGAACCGGGCCCAGCCCAUGGUAGAGGCUCCCCCAGUAUGCCCAAUGUUGCUGCUGGUUUUGGGUCUAAGAGGUUCUCCUUUGCCGCGAUGGAUAACGACGUGGAUGGCACUUACACGACCCGUUAUCCUGCGUUGGCCUUUUGCACCGUUCUGUGUCGCCUUCUUCCAUCACCUUCCACUUUCCUACCUUCUUGCUCACAGUAGUCGAGAGACCAUGGGCACAAGUCUAUCUCCCUUCCUUCUCUUACGAAAGCGCUGAGUGGUUCGCAAAACACGCGGCUCCGCGCCUAACGGUUAUUGCCGCAACCCCGCCUACGUUACCGAAGCGCGGUUCUCCAAAGGACCAAGAGGCACGAAGGAGUCGUCUGGCCAACAUUCCCAGGAGCCGUUUCAACUAACCCGUUUCGCCGCGGUUCUCCAACGCAUCAAGAGGCAUGCUUGGCCAACAAUGCUCGGAGCCGGCAUCCGUUGCCAACAAAUCCAAAAUGUAUACUCCCCCCCGGAAACGGUGUACGAGUACCCCUAGGCGCUCCGAACCCACGCAUCCAUAUGUUUUACU